AUGGCGCUUCCACUUUACAUCCCGCCGUGCAUCCACACUCCCCCUGGCCAGUAUCACCUUCCACCACCUGAUCAGCCGAUCAGAAUCCAGAUUGAAGGCCCUCUGAUUGCCAUAGAAAGGCUCCUGCCUCAUCUGUCGUGGCAACUGGAUCAUCCGGAUCGACCGUUCCCGCAGCCAGCAGGCCCGGAGCUAGCACGAUUGACUUAUCGAAAGAUCUACGGCGAAGCAUGUCUGGAAGCAGCCGGUGAACUAGCGGUGCGAGACGAGUAUUUGGGUUGGAUGGCAGAAAAGUAUCCGGAUGACAUGAUUGAUUAUUAUGGUGUAACAUUUGACCACCUUGUUCCAGCUGAUGAUCCCAACCCCGAGGUGAUGCAGAUUAACAUCAUUGAGAUCGAAGAUGACAGCGGUGUUUAUGCAAAUACAUGGCUUUCAUUUGCUGUAGAUCCAGCUGAAUUUAUCGGGAAGAAGGUAUUGGCAGUACCGAGAUGUUGCCAGAAGAGGAAGGGAACACAGGAUCGCUGGCGAGUGAACGCACUCGUGGACAAGAGGGUUCAUGGGCGGGUGCACUUGAAAGGAGCUGAAGAGUUCCGCGAGUUCGUUAGACAACAUGAGUGCUCUUAG